AGACGCCUCAGAAGUGGUAUUUAUAGACCUCAACUGAAGGUUUGAAACCAUUAUCGACAGUAUUAAGCAAGGGAACAUUAAACUCAAAAGAAGACCAUACAAGACGAUCGGUUUUGAUUGUUUCACGAGGUGAGUAAACAUCGUAUGUUGCAGUUGCGUUUUGUAUGCGUGUGAUGUAUAGAUUAUAUAGAUUUAAAUGCAUACUGGCACCCAGUUUCAUGGUUAUUGUGGGUGCAAGUGCCCCUUGCACAUUUAUUAUAGAAUGGAAUUAAUAUAUAUAGUUGAAUUUAUUAUGUGUUAUGGGGAAAAGAAAGUUCCUCGUCGCUGUUUUUCUCUCUCGUUUGUGCUUUAUUUAGAUCCAUAGCACUGAAUCAGCAAUCUCGAAUGUUGAAUACCUUGGCAUUUAUCUAGUUAAUUUAUCUAGGUCCCUUUCGUGUCUUUGUCACUGAACGUAGUAUGCUGUGUUCUUUUCGCAGUUUUUCUUGUCUUUUUGUACAACAAUUCAAAUGUUAUAAUUUUGCUAAAUAUGUUUAUACAUCUCACCCCUAUUAGCUCCAGCCAUUUUCGGGUUAUGUGUGUGUAUUCAUUUUGUUUAAUCUGUAAACUACAUCAAGAAAGCAGUGAAAGGUUUAAAACAUUCACGAAAGUAAUUAUGAUUGUAGUAAUGACACCUUUUUACAUAGAUGUCCUGUAGGAAGAAAGGUUAAAAUGAACGACUUCCUGGUUUCAUUUCAACUAAACCGCCUAAAAAUCACAAAUGGAGAUCAUCUUCAAGAACGUUUGUUUAACCUAUCGUCAUCAUUGAAGCCUCUUGGCACAUAAGGGCCUAUUCUUAGCAUAGUUCUCUUUUGAAAAAAAAAUUAUAACCUAGUUUGUACAACAUCCUCGCCAAUCUUUGUUCAGAGUGAGGUUUGAGUGACAUCCUGACGAACAGCUUCGAAGAUACUAACUCAGUUUCCUUAUCACAGUAACAGACUGAACAAUCACCAUCCACUCGGUAUCCUUCGAAGAACAGAACGAUCCACAUUCAGUUACAGAGAUAUUACCAGACAAAAUGAAGGUAAUGCAUUGUAUGAGAUGAUGUGAUGUGUUGUGAAUGGUAAUAAAUCUGGAUGGUUCUACCGGCUUUCUAGACUCCAUACACCCAUCUAUAUUUGUUCCCACUUCAUCUUAUCGCCAUCUUUCGGUCAAGAGGCGCAGCAAAAUCGAUUCUAUUUUACCCUUUCGUUCAUUUAUUCGUGAAUUCUUAUCAGUUUCAAGUUUGUGGAGGACACAGAACAUUUUUUCCUUCUGCUGGAAUUCUGAGCGUGCCGUGUCUCGGCGCUUGAGCAUAUGCAAGCUAAGUUCACGGAUGCGGGUGAAAGCAAACAUGAAGUCUUUGCACUGACUUAUUAUGUCAGUGAUUCUGAUGAUAAUGAGAAAGAAAGGUUUUUUUCCUGUAAAGCGAUUACAAAUAUAUCUGGCUAAUCAUGGACAUUUAUUUGGGUUGAGGUUCAAUCGAGGGAAGUUUAUCUUUCUAAUUAGCCAGUUUAUUGUUUCAAACUGGGCAGUCGAUCAAAACAAGAUGGCAAGAAUUCAACAAGGUUAACGGCAGUGCGACCUCUUAUUUUCCAUGUCAACAAUAAAAGCAGUUGGGCGGUUUUUAUCACAGUUGGCUUGAAAUUUGUGCCAAUUAGAUGGUAAUACUGAAGGAUUUUUGCAGCUUGAAUUUAUAUUAUAAAGAACUAUGAAAAGAGCGAAAGAGGUAAUUGAAGAAAGAAGUGGAAAAUCGCUCAUGUAACUUUUUGAAAGGUGGCUAUCCUUUUUAGUAAAGAGAGAAUGUAAGUGUUUGAGUUCCUUCCCCCCUCCCCCUCCCCCCUUCUUCAUUCCGCAGUUGAGCGUCGUGGACAUGCUUUACUUCCGGCACUCUGUGAUUGGUCUUGAAAACUCGUGCCACCCUUGUAACCAAUCAAAACUUGGGCACUGGUUUUUCCCCGCGCUCGAAGCCGUUAAUAAUGGCAUGUGACAUUUUUCUUUGUUCAGAGUGGCCGUUGUGUUCACUUAAGUUUUGGUUAAGCGAAAAGAUUUCACGCGGAUGAUUACAUGCUUCUUAAGAAUUAUUAUUCUUUUUCCCCUGCUUUGUCAAUUUAGAGUUUAUCAGCUCUGGUUGUUCCACUUCUUGUUUUUACACUUGUCACCAUUCCACCGCCGUCUCUCCAAAGUCCACUUCCUCGAAAAUCAGUGGGCAAACCAUGUGUGCUCCAAAUAAAUGUGCGUAAUGGCGUCCUCGUGACAGAAUGUGAGUCGGCAUCUUUUGGCUGUUUGAGCAGUAUUCCUACCUACGGUUACCCGAAAUGUCAACCAGUUUAUAGAAUGAUGGAAAUUCCACAAUCUGGAGAGAAAAACAACAUGACUUCCUAUCUGCGAGGAAAGCAAGCCACCAUAGUCGAUUGUAAAUGUGCUUCAUAAGGAAUAAUGACUGGUCAAAACACUGUUAGUAUUAGUCUUGUGCCCAGACUUUCCACAUUUCAGUAACAAUUAAACAGUAGGAUCUGGAUACAACAUUAUGUUAUUAUGUACCACUCAGGCGAAUUAGCUCUCGCGGACGUUGAUUGGUUAGGAAGUGAUUAGCAAGUUAUUUUCCCCACAGAGUAGCCGAAGGGACAAAAUUGCAUGUCAAAAGUUGAUUUCUGACAAUUCUACGGUAUAGGGAAAGAGAUAAACUAUAUUUUUUGGUUUCUGUGUGAUUAUCACUGAAACAAUGGUUCACUUCGGUGACAUUGAAGGUGGUGGAUAUUUUCCUCCAUGAAUGAAUAAUCGUUAGAUGUUAAUUUUUUUUAAAAAAAAAACUUUACAUUUUUUUCUCCCUAUUCCAAAGUUAGAACAUCUAGUAGAAGGAAGGAAGACUUAAAGCUUGUUUUUUUUGAAGCUGUUUAAAUGUACAGUAUUUCUACUAAAAAAUUGCUAAAGAAGUCGUAUCCAAUUGAUCGACUGAAACGAGCUAAGAUAUUUCUUUAAACGACCUCAUCGUUCCUCAUUUAACCUCGUCAUUUCCAAGGGUGACCAAUUAGUAAUUUCUCCUUAAAGCAUUAACCAUUAACUGCCAAGAUCUCAUUAGUAAUUCUCCUUACUGUCUGUUAUGUAGUUCUCGUGAUGUUAGUUUGGAGAAUUUGGUAUCUGAUCAACUAAUGAUCCCCUACUUGAUAUUUUUCUCUAUUCUCGUCACUUGUCUACCUGAUAUUGUACUGAUAUUGUAAGGAGAAAUUCUUUCUUGGUCACUCAUGGGAGUUAAAGGUUUAACACCGAGGCAGAAAGGUAAUAUCGAUAAGUUGUUUCUUGAUUUUACAAGAAAUUCUCUGUAGAUUGACUGAAGAGAAUGCGCUCUCUCAGUUUAGCUGCCCAAAUAAACGGUAUUCUGUUAUUAGCAUUUCAGUCGUUUUAUUG